UGCGAGCGGAUACGUCGUCGCUUGUCCCACUUCCGCUCGCGAGGGAACGCGUACCGGCGCGGUGCAACGUAAACUCGAGGAUCGAUCGUGAUUUUCGACGCGUGCACGGAACGAGUGAAGUUUCACGGUGAACGGGGUGCUCGUGUGCGUGUUCGUGGGCUUGUUCGUGUUAUUGUUACAGUGUCGUUAGCCAGUGGACCACCGUUGUCCGCUUCACCGUUCAAUGUUUUCGGCCAGAAAGCUCAGGAUUCGCGUGGACUGCGAAGAUAAAUAAUUUCGAGUGGAUAAUCGGCGACGGGUACUUAAACAACCGCCGGUGAAAAGAGGACUGGGCGAAGUUUCCAUCAGCGGAUCCAACGGAGCUGAGGCUAAUUAGCGGUGUAAUUUCGAUUUUUCGCGGAGUCUGCAAGAAUUACGAAGGCGAGCUUCGACGCUGUUGCUGCUCGCGAUCCCUGACCGCACGGAGGAAUCAAACGGCGGCCGUUUCGCUCGAUCGCUGGAGGAUUAUCCUGUCCUGUAGUCCCAGGGAUCCGAUUUUAAUGAAAGCUUUUCCCGAUCACGAUCAGCGGCCAGUCGCGACGCAGCUCCCGCUUGAACACGCUUCGGAGGCCUCGCUGGCGGAAUAAUGCGAGCGAAGCGCAUCGAGGAGGAGACGCGCUUCAGACUGCUGAGGUACACGCACCGUGCCAAGUGUCGGAAGAUCAUCUAGUCCAGCGUUCUCGGGCCUAAGGAGAUCGAGAGUUAGACCGAUAGAUGAGACGUAACUACUUUAACUGAUAGAGAGCCGACCUUGGCUGUGAUCACGCGACGAUAGACCACGACCUAGGCCUCCAUCGCGAUCCUCCUGUGCUACGAAGUUCGUCGACACCGCGCGCGAGUGUGACUGUGAGUGCGAGAGUCCGUCCAUUGGAGGCAUCGUUUUCGUGCAUCGAUCAUUCCUGGAGAAUUUGGAACGUGGACGUUUACCGAUCGCUUUGGAAACAUCUACUAACGGACAUGUGGCUGGCUUCCGGAGGCUAGACAUUGUUGCAAGGGUUCUAUUUGGUGGAAUAGGCCGCUGCGAAGGCAGAGAACGUGUUUCGGGAGUUUGCACAGAGUUACAGGGUGACAAGAAUUUUUGUCAAGGGAAAUCAAAAGGUUUCUCGCAGACUGAAACGUUUUCAAUCGCUCUGGGAACACGUAGCUGGUCCCUGGAGACUUCGUUCGGUCUACAUAGGGUCCCCAUUAGUCGGAAGAUACCAUUGCGAAGGUAGAGAAGGUGUCUCGAGAGUUACAGAGUGGCAGGAAUUUUUGUCGAGGGAAACCAAGCUCGAGGAAAGGUGUUCCUCGAAGACCGAGAGACUUAGGUGGUCGCAUUGAAAUUCUGUUGGUUUACAGCCCAGACUCGUGGCACGGUUGAGGAAUCGGCUGGCUGCAAAGGGAAUAAAAUUGCCGAGUGGGUGCAGCGUUCGACGUUCGAGGGAAUCUCAAACAGUGACUGGAAUUUUCUGGGAGGGGGAUUUUAAGAUAAACCAGAACGAGCGCAGAAAAAUUCGAAAGAGGUUCCUCGAGGCAAUUGGGGCAAUUUCGAGAAGAUCGAGGAAACCGUGCCAGAGACGAAAUCAAGAAUCUCUGGGCCUGGAAGUUUCGUGGGUGAUUAAAGGUUAAAAUGGAGGGAAAGGAGAGUUAAGUAUUCGGGGGUUGGACGAAGACAAGCACCACUGGAAGUUUGUUGGUUCGAACGAUAAGGAAUUGUGGACGCUCGGAGUUCAUUGCGUGAUUAAAAAUUUAAUCGACCAAGGACUCGCGGAAGGGUCCGGAUACGCAGUGACCGAAGAUAAAAUUUCGAAUAGCCUCUGGAAAUUGUGAACUCCUGAGUCAACGGUGGAAGGAAAACAGGGUUGGAGAAGUGUGCGGUAAAGUUUUCGAAACCUCCAAGAUAAGAGCAAAGAAGGUAGGGGACUUUAAAUUGAGGAAAUUCUUACUUUUGAAGUUCAGUUCGAACUCGCGGGGGAUAGUGGGACGCAGGAAAAAAUUGAAACACGAAUCGAAAGCGGCGGUUUUGACAGGAGGAAACGAGUGACGAGAAAAUCACGAAGUUAGCGUCGUUGUAAGGGGUGAGAUUGAACCGUAACCAAAGAAAUCUUUAUUAUCGUUAUCGUUAAGGCAAACUCUGGUCCUUGAAGAAAAUUGAAGAAUUAAUAAAUAAAAAGUGACAAUACUCUCUGUGUACCCUGCGAAAAAUUCUCACCCUUCGGUCCUGUCUGUCGACAGAAAAUCCUUUCACUACCGAAGGAGUUCGCGAUCUCGUCUAAAACUACCUUCAAAAAGCUUCGAGUAAACUGCUUUUCGCGAAAGGAGAAUCAGUGUCGGAAGGCUGUCGUAAGAGUCGCGUCUUCAGGAUCGAAUCGAACCCGUCUUUCAAACCUUUGGGGAGGAUUGUCCCUCUCGAAGAGCGUUCCUCGAUCCGGACGGGACUGCGGAGAUAAUAAAAGGGUGAAAAAAGAAAUAGAUGUGAAAAGUUGAGGAUGAAAUUCUAAUGGCGAAACGUCGAGGGAUUGGAAACACUGGAAUUGCGAAACUAGGAGUUGAAGAAUGAGCGAUCGGAAACCAAGGGAUUGCGGAAUAAAGCCUCGAGAAGCCACGGGGUGUAGAAUCGCGAGACUAGGGAAUACUCGAGGUUGAGGAACGUUUGAAAAGGGUAGGAAAAUCAGGGGUUGAAAAACGAUUCGGAGCAGAAAGAGCGGGGCACGAGUUACACGAUCGUGGCGAUACUUCGUGGGUGGAGGUCGGAUGGAGAGGUGGCUAGGGGGUUAGAAUGGAAGGGAAACGAGGAUCGAACGAGCAGCGUCAGCGUGCCGGGACGUUCUACUCGCGGCGAUGAAAUCGCGACGCGGAAAUGGGAACUAUCAAGUUUGAGCAACGAUACUGGACCAACGACUCGCGGGGGUGGCACGAGUGAAGGGUUGGUGGGGGAACAGGCGACCGGAAGUCGACGUUCCGCGGAAUAAAGACGGACACGGAACCCGCCGGAACGCCCGAGACGAAGAAAAGUCGAAUAGAAGGAGGCGUUGGAAACUCGCGGCGUUGGACUGAUCGAAUCGUGUGAAAGGGGUUAACGAGGACUGCGGGGGAGGGGGGCGGCUGUCGGGUGAAAUAAUUGGCUUUGAAGAGUAUGCUAGAGAAGAAAUUAGAGGGGCAAGGGGACGGACAGAGGAUAGAAUUUAAAUUAGAGGGUUCGACGGAGUCGGACGAAGGCUUUUCGACGAGCUUUGCGUCAAGGAUUCGAAUUGUACAGGCGCGAGAAAGGGUUCUCGAAGACUAAGCAGACGAUUCGUGGGUGUCUUUGGAGACACGGACGAGUGAGAAAUCGAAGACGGAGGAUCAGACAGUGAGGGAGGGGGGUGCGGCGAUCACGGGAGACAAAGAAGUGCGUGGAAACUUGGGGCUCGUAGAUCGCAACUAGCGAAGACGUUGCUUCUUUGGCGAAGAAACACGAUGUCUGCCGAACUUUGGACUCCCUUCUCUUCAACUUGGAUCGUUUAUCCAGGAUAAAAGAAGCGUAAGAGUUCACUCCGCACUUCCGAGUGUCGAAUCGCUAACAUUAGAGGGAUCCUCUCGAGCGAAACAGGCCGAAACGGUGCAACGAUUCGCGAAAAGUGAAUAGCGCCGUCGGUGGAUCCGGACAAGGCGUUACAGAAAUAGAAUACUCCAAGCGAAAGUACCCUACUCCAAGCUUGAAACAGAAGGCAUUAAACUACUGUAUACUACUGCACUUCAAAAUUAAACAAAAAGGAUCGAAGUACUCUGUCGUCGUUCGAGGCAAUUAGAGUACUCCGACAGAGAACUCGCUCCAAAAUUGAACCGCUGUCCUCCCAUCGUAAAAACAAAGGACAGGUGCGCUCCAUUUCGAAAUCAGGUCCACGAAAGAAGCGUGACUCCUCCAGACAGGGUGAUCGAACGCCUUCGUUUCCAUUUCGCCGACGAUGACGUUCCUCGGUAGUCGAUGAUCCAUCACCGCGUCGGUCGUCCGUUGGAGGGUCGUGAUGGAGGUCCAGGUCGUCGCGUGGCGUUCACCUAGUGCAGUUCGACAGUCGUUCAGGAAGUCCUUCGAGACCCUUCGAGAGGAUCGCACGGACGCUCCAAAGGACAUUGGCAACUAAGAUGCGAGAACUGAACGCCACCGCAUGCGCUGCUUUGUACGAGCGCGUCGAGUGGUCCGGCCCGUGGAUCCUGAUUACCCUAACCGUCCUGGCGAUCGUGAACGUGAUGGUGGUGCUGGGAAACGUCCUCGUGAUCCUGGCCGUCUGCUACACCAGCAAACUACGAAACGUGACGAACAUAUUCAUCGUCAGCCUCGCCGCCGCUGAUCUGCUGGUGGGACUCGCUGUUCUGCCGUUCAGCGCCACGUGGGAGGUCUUCAAGGUCUGGAUAUUCGGUGAUAUCUGGUGCUCCGUUUGGCUGGCAGUGGACGUGUGGAUGUGCACGGCGUCGAUAUUGAAUUUGUGUGCCAUCAGCCUCGAUAGAUACUUAGCGGUGACCAGGCCAGUCUGUUACCCUCAGCUCAUGUCACCGAAGAGGGCCAGACUUCUAGUCGCCACCGUCUGGAUCCUCAGCUUCGUCAUCUGCUUCCCACCCCUCGUCGGCUGGAAAGACAAACGGUCGCAUCCCACGUACAACGUGACAUCCGCUCAGAAGGGGCCGUUCAACACCACCACCAUCCUGGUUCCGGUGAAACCGUGUCCUUGGAUCUGCGAGCUCACCAACGAUGCUGGUUACGUCGUCUAUAGCGCCCUGGGCUCCUUCUAUAUACCGAUGCUGGUCAUGCUGUUUUUCUACUGGCGAAUAUACAACGCGGCCGUCUCCACGACGAAGGCCAUUAAUCAAGGCUUCCGCACGACAAAAGGCUCGAAAAUGCUCGGCUCCAGAUUCGACGAACAAAGGUUGACCUUGAGGAUGCACCGGGGACGAGGCAGCGUUCACAACGGGAGCAACAACGGGAGCCCGAGAAGCCCGGAGUCGAAUAGUCGUAGCUCGGUGAAAAGGGAGAAGAUAAAGAUCUCGGUUUCCUAUCCGAGCACGGAGACGCUGAAUACAAAGUGUAACACUCUCGAGAGGACGCCCUCGAGAUGCUCUCAAGUCUCCGUGCAUUACAGCAACGGGCAGACGCAGAGCCAGCUAUGUCCAGCCUCGAGGAGCACGCAUCUCAAGGUGGGCGGUAUCAAUCGAGUAGGCAGCACCAGGAGACCGAGCAGACGGAGCAGCUGCGAGAGUCAAAUAACGGGAGACGAGGUGUCGUUGCGCGAACUCACCCCGGGCCCCGAAGAGAAGCCCAGGACUAUGAAGAUGGGGAAGAGAAACAUAAAAGCUCAGGUGAGAAGGUUUCGCAUGGAGACGAAGGCGGCGAAGACGUUGGGUAUCAUCGUCGGCGGGUUCAUUCUCUGCUGGCUUCCUUUCUUCACGAUGUACUUGGUGCGCGCCUUUUGUCCGAACUGCAUUCACCCCACCGUCUUCAGCGUGCUGUUCUGGCUGGGCUACUGCAACUCCGCGAUAAAUCCCUGUAUCUACGCCCUCUUCAGCAAGGAUUUUCGGUUCGCGUUCAAAAGGAUUAUCUGCAAAUGCUUCUGCAAGCGGCGGGGCAACGGAGUCAGACGCGGCAGCGACGGAAGCCAAUUAACAGCGAGAAACGACAGGAGUCCCAGCUACUCCAUGCGCAUGCCACAACAGGGUGUGUCGAUCGACGACUCGGACCCGGACCCCAGUUCAGAGCCCACGGUGCAUUCGCAAAGCGAGUCGAGAUGACUGUAGCGCGCCAGGUGUGGCGCGCAGCGCGUCACCUUUGACUCGAGGACCUCCAAAGUGAGGAUCCAAUCGUUCUGAAGGCUCCCAACGGCGCGAGCAUUCGAGUCCUGGCACCGUCUGUGCCGCGGAACCGAGCACAGCCGGUGCAACCACCUGGGAACGGCUCCAGGACCGUUCCAAUAAGAGGAUUCCGCCCCGACUAGGCGGUGAUCGCCACAAACAUUCGAGCUUCUUCGGUGUCUUACUUCGUUUCACGAAUAAAUCGCGUCCGGCUAUACAAACGGAAACAUAAGAAGACUAAAAAAAACGUAGAAAGGACGAACGGACUCGUCAGGGAUCCACGUUCAGUUUGAUCUCGGCAAACGGGACUCGCUAUAGUAUUUCAGUGAGCCUGGUGAAGUUUAGACAAUGCCAGAGGAAUACGCGAAAACCCCUUCGUUUUUUUCGUGAAGCUUACCCGCGGUGUGCUUCUCGAGCUUCUUUCAGAUCGAACCCCGUCCCUCUUCCUCCCCCUCAUCCCCUCCCUACCGACGAGAGUGAAGAGAAUAACAAUCGUGAAAACUCCGCAGCGUGCUUGCAGCAAGUAUCAGAAGACUGGUUCGAACUUCGCGACGCUUGGAAACGAACUUCGCGCGAGAUCCAAUAACGUACGUACGUGUCGAAUAUCUAUGUGUACACAGCUAUGUUAAACGCAAACAACAGAAAAAAAAAAAAAAAACAUACCCACUCGUCGGCGCGGCUAUUAACAAUUUAAACCCGUUGGUUACCGAGCAGGGGGUCCCUCUGGCCUCUCAGCACCGGUCCCGAGCGUUCGGCCAUUGUUUCCGUAGAUUUUUUACCGUUCCUCGUUGGUUAUUUGUGAUAAUAGUGUUUAACGAUCGCGCCGCGACACGAACGCGGCACUCGAACGUGUUUGUGCAUUUGUUUCUGUUAUUCGAAGGAUGCGGGGAACGUUAAACGCCUCUUCUUUGACCUCUGCUACGCGGAGUCGCCGUGGAUGCGUAGCAUGGGUGCGCAGAACCGUAAGCGCCGCUGAACGUCUGACCUGUUAGUCGAGAAUCGAAUAAGUCGCUAUGAAUUAACAGCGCAUCGCAAUAAGUUCAAAAUUGUGUAUUAAAUGCCUUCAAUUGCGUUCGGGAAAGAAGUAGUACUAAUUUAACCUACGGGCAACAGGUCACGCGAGGUGCUACACGAUGUAUUUCCUACUGUUUCAGUUACGUAACAACUGAAAAUUUGUCGAGAAGAAGAAGAGUAUGCAUUCGUGUCACUGUAUACCUCUCGAAUAACAGAAACGUAUGCUGCCCGCCACGAAAACUUCGAAUUCGUUGGUACCAGUGCUGUCCACCGACGGCGCCACUUGCGCGGUCUUGUCUCCCCACCACGCGCAGUAUUAUGUUUUUACGAAUGCUCGUUGUUCUUGACCAAAGGAGACAGAGUGGGGGCUUAAGUCGAACAGCACUGGUCGAGGCGGUCGCUGAGACUGGGAGUUCCCCGGAAAUGUGCAGAAUUCUUAUCUCGCUGCGAAUUUCGAAUAACGAAUGAAAAUUAAAAUUGGUCUAUUAAUUUAUUCGUUAUCUUCCUCUUUGAAUAAAAAUCAAAAAUUGACUCAUAUCGAUAGGAACGUGUCGCGGUGAACGAAUAAAUAUUUAACGCGAUGGUUUAUUCGUGGUGUGUUAUUCGAAUGAAAUUUUGUCCAUUUCCGUGGCUUCCUUUGGGGCACUUUUGGGGUUGAACAUAUAAGUAUUGUUAUACCGAUGCAAUUCAAAUGGAGAACUCGUCGGGAAUUUUUGUACGGGUGUAUCAAGAUUUUUUCCAAAGCGUUUAUUGUCGCGAGUCGGACGUAGAUCACGCGCGUUUCGUCCGGGGGCAGAGGGACGUCCGAAAACCGAGCUAUCGAAUUCAGUGCGCAGUUCAUUGUAUUAUGUGAUAUAUCGUCUGCAUACGUAUCGAACGAAUGAAAAUAAACAUGCGAAUAAAAUCCA